CUCAAGUCUCGCGAGAGUUGUCUGUAACGUUCGCCUCGACGAGAGGUAGCAUAUUGAGCUAACAGCCUCUGUCGCUCGAUUGAAGCUGUUUUAUGCUGAUGCCUUCAAAACAAACAAAACACAGCACAGUUGUGAAAUACAGAGGCGCGUCCCCAGAUACAAUGACCCUGUGAUGACACGGUAACCGAAACACUUCCGUGUGUCUUUUAAAGGCGUAGUGCGUCCACUGCUGCUGCUAACAAGCUAACUAAGCUCGGUUUGUAGCGUACAGUGAAACCAGGAAGGAGGGACCAGACUGGACCAGACCAGCAAGCAGCUUGGCCUCGAAGGUUUCUCCACUUCUGCGAACAGUAACUCCUUAAAAUAACCUCACACAGGCUUGUGACGAACGGGGGAAAAGGAGAAGAAUAAUUAAACUGGCUUAAGUGGAAACAUGUCAAAGGCUCCGGGUUCUCCUGCUCGGUCCAGAUCCAGAUCAAGAUCCAGGUCCAGGUCAUACUCCAGGUCUCACUCUCGAAGUCGCUCCCGCUCAAGAUCCAGGAAACGUCGCUACAGCUCUAGGUCUCGUUCCCGCUCCCGCUCUCACUCUCCGUCCUACAGAAAUUAUCCCACCAGGGACUAUCAGAACAACAGAGGCAACUUCAGAGGCUACAACCGAGGCUACCGGAGGCCCUACCACUACCGCGGCAGGAACCGAGGCUAUUACCAACGAGGCCAUUACCAGAACAGAGGAGGAGGAGGUGGAGGAGGCGGCUAUGGCUAUAAGGCAAACUGGCAGGAGGGAGGUGGAAGAGGAGGAGGUGGAGGAGGAGGAGGAGGGGGCUGGCACGAUCGCCACCAUGACCAAGACCACCAUUCGCACAGCCCCAGGAGGGGGCGCUCACGCUCACGCACACCAAGGAAGCGUUCAGGUAGCCGUAGCCGCUCACGCUACUCUGACCGCUCUUCAUCAGGGAGAUCUCGACGCUCCAGGCGCUCUAGCUACUCCUCCCGGUCCCGCUCCGGGUCACCACGUCACCGUAGCAGCAAGGGAAAGGGCUCAAAGGAAUCCAAAGACAAGCUGACAGAAAGUCAGGCAGAGAAGCCCACGCAGGCAGCAGACGGCAGCGCCAUCGAGAAGGCUUCAGGAGGUAAAUGGAUUGACUAUGACGCCAGCCCGAAACGCAUCAGUCCAGACUCUAAGAAAGAGGAUGCUUCUGCUGGUUCUGACGGCAAAGGUCCUGCGAGUGGAGGUCCUCUGUGGAUAACCGUCGGCAGCGUGUCACCUCCUGCAAAGAGCCCCACAAAGUCUGGACAAACCGCCUCCUUUGGAGGCUUCGGGUUCUUCUCAAAGGAAGACAUCAAAGCUGGAGAUAAGACUGUGAUCUCUGCCGCCUACAAAAAGUUCUUGGCUGAGAACAAAAACAAAAAGCAGGCCACUGAAAAGGAGAACGGUCGUGAAAAGGAGCAGAGCGCCACUGACAGAGAACAGGAGAAAGGUAGCAAGUCUGGAGACCUGUUCCACAUCUCAUCCACUUCUUUCACCGAGUCCAAGGAGGACAAGACCCUGCCUUUCUUUGAUGCUGGAGAAGAGGAGUUCCUCAAGUCUCACGGGCUGAAAGAGACGGACAUGGAAGAGGAGGGCGAGGUCAAACCCACCCUCACCGCUCGGGACAUUUUCGGGAAGUGGGGUGAUGAGCCGAGCUACUCCACAUCCUACCCGCUGGUCAAAGAGAAGAGCCGGAGAGAGGCUGAGGAAGUAGAUCCCAUCGAUGAAAUGGAGGAGAUGUACCGAAGCCGCAAGCACAGCUCCAAGAAAGAGGAGAAGUCCAAGAAGAAGGAGAAAAAAGAGAAAGAGAAGUCCAGGCGGAGUCCGUCCCCACCUGUCACCGUCAGAGAGAAGGAGCGGCCGCUGUUCCCCGGAGCGUUCCCUCCCCAGGAGGGGUCACCUGCCCGACGCUUGUCUUCAUCCAAGGAAGAUUUUGAACUUAAAUAUGGUUCUUUAGAUGAGUUGCCGGGGGCCUCCCUCUCUAAAGAGCGCCUCAUGCCUCGAGAUCUGCCCAAUCCCACUAAGAAAGAUCCAGAGUUUCGUUCCAUCUUUCAGCACCUGCAGUCGGCUCACCUCCGCCGCAGCCCCUCUGAGCUGUUUGCUCAGCACAUAGUUUCGAUCGUGCACUACAUCAAAGCUCAACACUUCCACUCCUCAGACAUGACUUUGAGUGAGCGGUUUGCGAUGUACCAAAGAAAAGCUGCAGAGGUAGAAAUGAUGAAGCCAAGGAAGAGCCCAGAAAUCCACAGGAGAAUUGAUGUCUCCCCCAGUGCCUUUAAGAGGCACUCUCACCUGUUUGAGGAUAUGGAGGAGUCGAGCUACAAGGAUAAAUUUAAAGGCGAUGUGAUGGACCUGCGCCUGGAUAUUGAAAGGCGUAAGAAGUUUGCAGGAAAGGACUACAAGCGUGAAGGAGGCAGGAGCCCAGGAGGCUCCCGAGGACCGAGCAGAGAGAGGUCCUCUGAGAAAUCUGGGAAACACCACAAGAAAUCCAAGAAGGGAAAGAAGAAGCGUGAUCGCUCUCCAUCCUCCUCUUCUUCCUCCUCCUCUCCAUCCCCUUAUCCCCCUUACAAAGGUAAAGAGUACAUGGGAGAGGGGAUGGAGCACCCAGAGGAGGGCUACAGUCACGCCCGUUAUCCUCCUCGCGACUACGGCGGGCCCCAGGAGAGAGGCCCCGGGCAUUACGAGGGCCACAACCCAGAGAGAGGAAGAGGCCGUGGCUUUUUCCCCAGAGUCAGAGGGAGAGGAUGGAACAGGGGGAACUACCCGGGCAACAACAGCAAUGGAAACCCCGCUAAUACUAAUCCUGCGGUGCGUCCCCCAGAGGAAGAGUGGGACCCUGAAUACACUCCUAAGAGCAGGAAGUAUUACCUGGAGAGAGACAGGAAAUGUGGGAGUAGACAGCAGAGGAAGACAUGCUGGAAACAGGUCUGGCCAGGAGUCCAAACAGCGACCACUGCAGUAAAGACCAUGGCCCCUGUAUAUGGACACGACGACCGCGACGGCGAGAAAACCUGGGUAGACAACCGCGGAAGAGGCCGGGGCGCCUUCCCAGCACGCCGAGGACGCUUCGUUUACCGUAGGGGAGGCAGCAGCCCGAAGUGGACCCACGACAUGUUCCAGGGCGGAGAGGACAGAGGGAUGGAAGACGACAGCUUGGAAGUAGAGCGCAAAGACACCAAGAGCGCCGGAGAGGGACCGGCUAUGAAGCAGUAGACCACUCACUCUGUCAUCCUCACAUGCAGAAUAGUAACAGCCAUGACGGAGGGGUUAAUACGGUUUUUAUUCUCCUCUUCGGUGUUUAGUGUUUUAACGUGUUCAGUGAGUUUAUACAGUUAAAGUGAAGGAAGACCUGACUUGAUCCGAGAGCAGCACUCUUACUUUUGUACGUGAGGUUUCAGCUUAAGUGUUCUUUUUAAUGUAACGGUGGAUUUUGUUCUGACUUAUUGUAACUUUUUCAAGGGAUGAUUUCCUGAGGCAACAAAGAAAGACGUUCUCUGACAGCAUGAGAGAAGAAGAAGAAGAAGAACUGCAUUUGUGCCUUAGAUAAGAAUAACACAGUUACAUGUAAUCUGCGUGAGUUGCAGCCCUGUCUGUGAGUUGCAGCCCUGUCUGUGAGUUGCAGCCUUGUCUGUGAGUUGCAGCCCUGUCUGUGAGUUGCAGCCCUGUCUGUGAGCUGCGUGUGAGCGUAGAGCGGCAUUAGAUCACUCAUUUCGUUCUGUGUUUGUUUGUGUUCGGGGCUGAGAUAAAUACCCUGUGUUACUGCAUGAGAAGUUUUGAUUGAUACCUCGCUGCAAGGGACCAAUCAGUAGCGGGCUCAGGGCUCCUGAGCGUCAAAUGAUUAAACAUGGAAGUAUCUGUGGAAUCCCUCAACGGUUGGUUGGUUGUCACUUAUAUUAUCUGACUGCACUUCUCAUUUAAAAGUGAAGACAACGUGUGUGUGCUACAGUAUAUUCUCAUUCAUUUAGGGUGCAUUUAAAAAAAAUAACGUCAUAAAAUUGUAAAGAAUUGGCGCUCUCACAUUUUCACCCCCCUCAUCUUAGGUAAACGGCUUCUUUUGGUUAGAUAAAUCAGGCUAGCUAUUUUAAGAAGCUGAUACGUGUAUAGAGUUAUACAUAAUUGUAAUCCUAAAACCUGGAGGAGGGAAUAUUAAACUGGAUAUUUUUUAAUGCAACUGAGCAGAUCUACUAUCAGAGAAAACACAAAGUGAAAUAAAACCUUUAAAAUUUCUGACAUUUAAAGAAAAAGUAAAUAUUUUUAAGAGUUGACACAAACUAGCAGAUCUAGUUUAGUGCCUCUCACUGUGCUGCUUCGUCCCACUUCUGACUGUACAUACUGCAUGGACUAAACAGAACCGUCUUUUUUUUUUUUCCCGUUCGUUUAAUCUGAAGCUGAAACUUUUUUACUGUUCUCAGAGCUUUGACUUCUUGUCUUUUAAUUUUCAAUAGUUUCUUUUUUUGUUUUUGUUCAGGGUAAAUCUGUGAGUGAACUUUGAGACAGACUGUAGAAACGUUAGACAGCCACACUGUGUUGAACGGUUUGUGAUUUACUUCAUUGUUUUUUGGGGGUCUCACAAGCCCCCUACUGCAGCCUGUGUAAAAAAAUCCUGAAUUGUUGCUAAAUCAGUCUUUUCUUCUGAUCUUAUUAAAAGAAAAUCUGUAUAAAAGUG